AUGGAGGAGCCAAAUCCAGCACGUCCGGAACCAGGGCAUGGUUUUGGGACAGGAGCAGGAAAAUCUCCACGGGCCAUUCAAGCUGGAGCCAUCAGCGAGUUUCUGAGGUGGGCCGCACCGCAGCAGGGUAGACUUGAGAGACAGGAGGGAGUGCCGUCACACGGGGAGGCCCAGUGGCAGGAGAUCCUGAAGACGGUUCAGUCUUCUCAUUCAGGCUGGACAGGCUCUCAGCUGCCAGACCUGCCUCCGUGGGACGAUCUGUCCACCUUCGAGAGGGUGGCGGAUGCCUGCCAGUGGUCCCGAGGAGAAGGCGUGGCCCGACUCAUGCCAAACCUCGGCGGAGAGGGCCAGCCCUUCUUUACCAGCCUGGAGGCCAGAGACAGGGGAGACUACGGGAAGAUGAAGCCCGCUGCCCUCCGAGGGGACACCGCGAGUGCCGAGGCACAGCGCCAGUGUUUCCGCCAGUUCCGCUACCAGGAAGCCUUGGGACCCCGCGAGGUGUGCAGCCGGUUGCGGGAACUCUGUCAUCGCUGGUUGGAGCCGGAGACGCGCACCAAGGAGCAGAUCCUUGAGAUGCUGAUCCUGGAGCAGUUCUUGACGAUCCUGCCUAAGGUGAUCCAGAACCAAGUCCGAGAACGUGGGCCGGAGACCUGUGCUCAGGCGGUAGCCCUGGCAGAGGGAUUCCUGCUGAGGCAACGAGAAGGGGGGAAACGGGAACAGCAGGUAAGGCUUAACUUGAAGGGGAAGGGGUCCCAAGUCGCGGCAUCGCUACAAGUGGGGACCACGAAUUGCUCUGAGACGCCGCAUCCUCCAGCAAACGCCAGGCCAAGGCAAAGCUACAAAGAAGCCAGACAGCAAGACAAUGGGAACACCGGCUCACUGGGUGCCAAGUUUUUAGGAAGAGCCGGGCAGUGUUUCCAGUGCCCAGACUGUGGGAAAAGAUUUAGGGGCGAGGAGGAGCUCAGGGCUCACAGCGGCAUCCACAGGAAGGACAGGCCUCACGCCUGUGCUCAGUGUGGGAAAAGGUUCACCCGCCCCUCAGGCCUAGCCAAACAUUUGAAAACCCACUCGGGUGAAAAACCCUACCACUGCGGUCAGUGCCCCAAAAGCUUCAUUCAGAUGUCCCACCUCACCAGGCAUCAACGGAUCCACACGGGGGAGAAGCCCCACCCCUGUACCGAAUGUGGGAAGCGUUUCAACUGCCCAUCGGACUUGGCCAAACACCAGCACAUUCACACAGGAGAGAAACCUUUCCGUUGUGCCGAGUGCGGGGCGAGGUUUAACCAGUUCUCGCACCUCACAAGGCACCAGAGGAUCCAUACGGGAGAGAAGCCCCAUGCCUGCUCCGAGUGCGGGGAAACCUUCAGCCAGCGAGCGCACCUCGUCAGCCAUCAGAGGAUCCACACGGGAGAAAGGCCGUAUCGGUGCACCUAUUGCCAAAAAUGUUUCAGCCACCUCUCGGCCCUCACGGUGCACAAGAGGAUCCACAUGGGCCAGAGGCCCUAUGGCUGCCCGGAGUGCGGGAAAAGGUUCAUUGCCUCGUCGGCCCUAACCAGGCACCAGAGGACGCACUCGGAGGAAAGGCCCCACACCUGCGACGAGUGCGGCCGGAGGUUCAACCAGCUCUCACACCUUCACCGGCAUCGGCGAACCCACUCGGGGGAGAGGCCUCACAGCUGCCCCGAGUGUGGGAAAAGGUUCAACCAGCUGUCCUCUCUCACCAGGCACCAGAAAAUCCACACUGGCGAGAAGCCUUACCCCUGCGACGAGUGCGAGAGGAGGUUCGUCCGGCUGGCUGACCUCAUCAUCCACCAGAGAAUCCACACGGGAGAAAAGCCCUAUCGUUGCGCCGAGUGCGGGAGGAGGUUCCGGCAGAGACAGACGCUGGUCAAACACCAGAGACUCCACCCAUUAGCAAAUUCGUAA